UUCGCCUCCACCAGCCACCCGCCAGGCCGCCAUUACGAAAUAAAAGGGGCGCCAUUGCCAUAACCCAUUAGGGCCACUAAUACUAUACUAAUCAUAAUCAUGCAUGGAGCAGCGCAGUCGCAUUAGCCUAAAGUAACCACUACCUGCCUUUGUUCCAGCAACUCCCUUUUGCCUUCCAACAAAGUUCAGUUUCAGAAAGGAGGAUUAGAAUUUAGAACAACAGAGGCGCCGGCAGAAGGGCUAGCUAGCUACCAAGAUAAAGUACAUAGAUCAUGCCUUGUCCUCCAAUGGCCGCCAGUGCCAAGAAGAUGAGCAGAGUACCUGACAGGAAGAAGCCGUCUCGGUCUUCUUCGUCGUCGUCGUCGUCGUCGUCGUGGGUCGCUAGGUCCAUGGGGUUCUACUACCAUUCUUCAACAACAUCCUCCAGCAAGAGCAGAGCCCAGGCAACAGACGGCAAGGACAGCAACGUCGACAAGCAGAGCAACGGCAGCAGCACCAGCAAGAAGAACAAGAAGAGGAGCAUCAGCAUCGGCCGGAGCCUGACGUGCGCGGGCCGGUCGUCCAUCUGCAGCACCAAGGAGAGCUCGGUGAUGAGCCGGGACCAUGGCGACCGUGACCGCGGCGCCGCCCGCAGCGCCUCGAGCAGGUCGCUCAGGGCCCCCGACGUCGACGCCGUGUACGCUGCCGCCGUCUCGGCCACGUCGUCGUUCAACUCGGAGACCACGGCGGCGACCACCGCCGUCACGACGUCCUCGUCGUCGCCGCUCUCGUCCGCGCUCUCCUCGCCGCUCUCCUCCAUCGGAGGAAGCUCCUUCCGCGGCGUGCAGCAGAUCAGGAAGCUCUCCCGGUGCUACGAGUGCCACUCCGUCUUCGACCCCAGAAGCUUCGCCGCCGCCGCCACCGCUGCAUUCCCCUGCGCCGACUGCGACGAGGUGUUCAACAAGGCAGAGUCGCUUGAGCUCCACAGAGCAACCAGACACGCAGUUUCGGAGCUGGGAUCCGAGGACACGAGCAGGAACAUUGUGGAGAUCAUAUUCCAGUCGAGCUGGCUGAGGAAGCAGGCGCCGGUCUGCAAGAUCGAGCGGAUCCUCAAGGUACAGAGCAGCGAGAGGACGGUGAAGAGGUUCGAGCAGUACAAGGAGAGCAUCAGGGAGAGGGCGAGCAGCGACCAGGGGCCGGGGAAGAAGAACCCUCGGUGCGUCGCCGACGGCAACGAGCUCCUCAGGUUCCACUGCACCACCUUCACCUGCUCCCUCGGCCUCGCCGGCACCACCGCGCUGUGCUGCCGGUCGCCGGCGUCGGCGCCGUGCAACCUGUGCAGCAUCAUCAGGGACGGUUUCAGGGUGGAUGGUGAUGGGAAGAUUGCGACAAUGGCGACGAGCGGCCGUGCUCACGACAUGGCUCAGGUGCUGUCGGACAGUGACAAGAGGGCGAUGCUGGUGUGCAGAGUCGUUGCAGGGAGGGUCAAGAAGGCCACUAGUGAUGAGAAGUCUUCAGAGGACUACUGUGACUUUGACUCUGUCAGCUCCAGCACAGAAGGUGUCUACUCAGAUUUGGAUGAACUGUUUGUGUUCAAUCCGAGAGCUAUACUGCCCUGCUUUGUAGUCAUUUACAGUGGCUACUAAGUUGUAACCACUAGUAUAACUUAGUUGGGUUAAUUUUGUUUCAUUUCUCUGUUAUUGCACCUUUAAUCCAGUUCUUUUUUUUAUGGGCCAGAAAUGCAAAUUUUGGCUACAAAUUUAUCGCAGUUUUCUCUGCAGAUUAUCUGAUAUAAUUCAUGAUAUUAGUAUUAAGUUUCAUAACAGUACAAGAAACCACAAGGAUAAUUUAAAACAAAAUAGUUUGCAAGCAUAUAACAUGCUGACAGUGACAGCAAGAGAAUAAUGUCAUGCACUACCAACAAAACUUGUGAGUUGUGCCAGCUUCCAAGAUCUGAGUAAAUCAAUAUCAAAACAUCAGUUUGUCCUAAUGUGCUGAGCUCAAAUCAGAUGCUUGCCUCCAUAAGCAUUUUAGCUCCUUCCAAGAAGAAGCUAGACAAGAGGUUAAGAACAAAUAGGCACUUUGGGAGAAGAAACGGGCUGCAAAUCUUGUAUUCUCUUGGAAGAUGGUACCUCCAGCUACAUCCAACUCAAUGUACUAGUAAAUACAAGUAUAGUACUGAUCCCUAGCAAGUGCUGCUUGUCUGUACAGCUCUAUAUAUAGCCAGUAUACCAGAUGGUGAUUGUGCAGUAUUUUAAUGGACAGUAAUAUGAGGUUGUCUGCUUGUCCAUAGCAAGACCUGGAAGCUGGUUCGGUCCAAACAGAUCAGAUGAAUAGGGUUGUUUGUUAACUGUUGUUAACCUUGUGUUCCCAUAUAUAUAGUACUCUGCUCAGCCGAAAACA